GUGUUAUUUCUUAUCCAACAGUGGGCUUGGGCAGCCACAAAUGGGGGAUGCGAACGUUGGGUGUGGCUGGUGACCGCUUACAUAAUCACACGCACCUCUUCCGGCUUUACACGCGCGUCUUCCUCAGCAAACACCCACACUCUCCUUAAGUCAAGCAGUCAAGUUAGCACUUUCUCUGAUAUUCUGGCAUGCCAAAUCUCAGAUAGUCACAACAUCAUACCAAUGUGCUUAUUUCGAACCAGAUCUCUGGCGAUGUAGAAUCCCAUACUUGCUACUGUGAAAAUCACAGUUCUCUUGCCUUCGUGUUCAAAUACUGAGCUUGGCUAAUAAGCGGUGCAUGUCGGUCAACCACCGAUUGGUGAAUGUCUUACUCCUCUUUGGACUUCGCACUUCAUAUUCUUUCCCAUUUACUUGACCACAUCUAUUUCAAUCCACCGGCAACAACUUGCGUACAAAAAAGAUGACACAAACUUCUCCCACUGCAUUUGUCAUCCCACAAGCAGGAGACGCGUUAUCUCCAGCUCAGACACAACCAAUAGCAAAGCGCAUCAAAUGCAAUGUGUCUGGAUGUGGAAAGCUCUUCAGUCGCAAAGAACACCUUACUCGGCACAUGAAGUCACAUGAUCCUAACCUUCAGCAUGAAUGUCAUGUAUGUGGUCGUCGAUAUGCGCGGAGUGACGUGUUGAAGAGGCAUCUAGAUCAUCAUGCUCAAAAUUCAAGCACUAAACGUACAAUGGUCGCAUGCACAUCCUGCCAUGAGCGAAAGCUCAAGUGUGAUGACACAUCACCUUGUCGAUCAUGUAUUCGUACAUCAACAGAAUGUAGUCGAUUGAUUGAUGGUGGGACUAAUCGUAUGGAAGCCGAUGGUGUGGGUGUGAAUGAGACUAUCAUCGGGAACAGCGUGGUCAAUGCUCACAAUUGGAAUCAAGACUCUGAUCUUUCACAUCCCUGGUUUCAGUCUGAAAACUCAUCGUUGUCUUUACCUCCAUAUUCCGAUGAGACUCUUGAGCUUUUCUUUCAAAGUGAGGGUAUCCCCAGCGGGGACUUUUCUUGGGAUCAACAGCAGUCAGCGGGAGGCAACCUUACAGAUUCAUUUCAUAUACCUCUGUCUGACGAUGCUUCAAUCUCUAUGCAUGCUCUCAAUGAUCCACACAAGUCUCGGAUGAAUGCAAUGCAUUAUGAUGCUGAAUCUAGUGACAUGACCAGGUCAAAAUUGUCAUCACAAUCACCUUUAUCAUCAUUAUCUUCUGAGCAAGAUCAUUUGUCGAAGUUACGUAGAACACUGAAUCAGGAUCAAGAUCAUCUGAGCCAUCUUCUCGAAGUCUAUUUCACUAAAAUUCAUCCAUCCUGGCCCGUCUUACACGCUCCAACAUUCAAUUUUCAAAAUGUUUCACCGAUAUUGCUAGGCUCUAUGCUAACGCUUGCGAAUUGGUUGGAUGGAAGUCAGAGGCAUGAACAACUUGCGUCGGAUGUAUUUGAAGCAAUAUUAGCUGCUCGAUUAGAACUCAAUCUCUCUUUUGACAAGGAGGUUGAUCAAUCGUCGCUCCAAAACCUCCAAGGUCUUCUUUUGUGUGUUGUGUACACAAUUUCUCUUUUGACUACCAAAGGAAUGUCGUCAAGAGCUGUUUAUCUUAAUGGUGCACUGAUCUCAACGUGUCGCCAUGCUGGAAUCUUCAAUGGACAGAACACAUAUUAUGAGCUGGGUGAUUGUCCAUUUGAUCUUUGGUUGGUUCAGGAACAACUUCACAGACUUGCGUUUUCUAGCCUGAGAGUAGAUGCUUAUCUGAGCGUUCUUAUGGAUCAUCCGCCGUCUGUUCGUUAUCAGGAGAUCAGCAUUCCCGUUCCAAAGUCUACAAAGCUGUGGACUGCGGCAACCGAUGAAGAAAGGCGAAAACUUCAAUGGGAUGAACCUGCAGGUCGCGAGAAAGCCUUAUUCUGCUUUCUUAUGCGCGAUAUCAUUGAUAGUAGCGAAGAGCAGUCGGUCUCGUAUCAUCUCACUGACAAUGACUAUCAUCUCGGACUUUGUUCCUUACAGAUUGGGACUUGGGAAACGGCUCGCGAAGCUUUCUGUUGUUGUGAUUCAGAUGAGCUGAUGACGGAUCCAAAGAGAAGCGACCCAGUUCAUCGAUGGGGCUUUCAACUCAAUCGUUGGCGUACAAGAAUGGAAGAUUAUUCCCAAUCGAUCAGUUCUAUUGGGACCGAUGACGAUCGCAUAUUUCCACAACUGAACCGCAUGCUAUGGCACAUAUCGGCCCUCACAGUUCAUGCGCCACUAAAGCUCUUACAGCGACAAGGAUGCUGCUUCAAAUGUCGUCCUGGAGCCGGUUUGGCUAUACAGAGAACAAGAUUGCGUCUAGGUAGCUGGAUGUUUUCGCCACACCCCCGUACCGCCCUUUGGAAUGCUGGUCAGAUAUGUCGGCUAGCAGAAAAUAACUUUUCGAAUCGCUCAUAUAAUACUGAUCCUUUGCUCAAUCCGCUUGCAAUGCCUGGAAUUCUGAAGAGUGCAAUCGCGGUAUGCUCUUAUACAUAUCAUAUUAGUACCUGUUUUGGAUGUACUAGUAUAUUAGGAGAUUCGAUAGAUCUAUUCAGUGCAUCUCACAAAGAUGAUAAAUUAAAGGAUUGGACGGAGCACGGAAUUGGGAUGGCUACCUGGGGCACAGAAUCAAUUCCAGUGUGCCAUUGUAAAUUUAUUGAUUUGGAAAUGUGGUUUCGGAAGAGAUUUGCAAGAGAUGUAGGUGCAGAUACAGAAUUUACGUCAUUCCUCGCCGGUUUAGGCGAAUGAAAACUUGAGUUUUUUACUAAAAGUAAUUUCUCAUAUCUUUACCAGCAGUAAGGAAUGAAAAGAAAUUGCUGUGGACGCGCGAGAUUAUCAUUGUAUUUGUCUUCUUGCCAUAUCCUCAAGGGAAAUUUUGGAACUUGUUGAUCACUGUUGGUUUCUUGCCACACCUCGAGUGGCAUGAUCAAGCUGGGGCAAGGAAAAGUCUAGAACUGAAACCUCAAGAUGAGAACGCUGUACUUGGGCUGCAAUACAUAGAAAAGAUUGCGCGAUUUAAAACGAGCAUCAUGUAGAGCUCGGAGUUGGAGCUAGGUUAAUAUAUGACUAAUUAUUCGAACGUCUCUUGACAAUGGAGUAGAACAGUCCAAGGUUUUGGUCCUGACAACUCUGCACAUAAGCUUCAUCUUGAGUUUGUCUCUAAGAAUAGGAAAAUAGGGCGACCAUCGAGGAAGAGUAGCUGAGUGAUUGGCUGAAUACUUCACUUAACAGACGAGCAGUCCGUUUAAAGAAAUAUUUUGGUUACUAUCGAGGAUAUUUGAGUGGGGAAAUAAUCGCAGAAAGGAAUUUCGUGAUGGCAGAAUAUUGAGGUGCCUAAAUCGUGGCUUUACACGUGUUACUCCUGUCAAUUACCCCGUUCUUACUGGAAUGCAGCGCGAAAUCUUAGCUUCAUCUUUCUACACCUCGUGAUUGGUGUCGGCAAAACAUGGCGUGCGGAAAGUAAGGCUAGGUUUAUUGUUUCUCCCGCGUUGUAGGCACUGCCUCCACGGGGGAAAUACAGAUCUAAAACUGCGCAUUAUGGGAGAAAUGCUAUCGUUCUUGUACAAAUUGAUAAUCUUGUUUCUGAUAUCAAGAGUAUGAUUUUGAUGCGAUCGCAAUAAUGGCAAUUUACUACUCGAAUGUUAUUCUCGUAGCAAUAAGUGCA